GUUAAUUUCCACAUCAGAGAACUUACAUGGAAAAGAAUAAAACUGAUUGGCAGUUUGGACGUGGAAUUAACAUACCGUGGACAAUACAGCACAGCAUCUCUUAAAUUGUCACUCCAAAAAUAUAAAUAAAAUUUAAAUUGGUUUUCUCCUUGUGUAAAAGUCAGAAUCUGGAAAACCAUUCCUGGUAUUUACGUUUGAAAUCUAAGCGGCAAUUUCUUAGUUUCUCUCACUCUCUCUCUCUCUCUUUGAAUCUCUGUCUUGUGUCGUACGUCUAGAUCGAGGUACUUUAAGUGAGAGAUAAAAAAUGGCGUUUAUGUCGUUCGUUGGAAGAGUAUUGUUCGUCUCUGUCUUCAUCCUCUCUGCUUGGCAAGAAUUCAAUGACUUUGGUGGUGAUGGUGGGCCAGCAGCUAGGGCUUUGCAUCCCAAGUUUAACGUUUUCUCAAAACACGUGGUGCUGCACGCUGGGGUUAAACUUCCUCCAGUUGAGAUGAAACACUUAAUUGCUGCUUCAAUUGCUUUGAAGGGAGUUGGGAGUCUUCUUUUCAUAGUAGGAAGCUCUUUUGGAGCUUAUCUUUUGAUUUUGCAUCAGGUGCUUGCUACUCCUAUAUUGUAUGACUUCUACAACUACGAUCCUGACCACAAGGAAUUUGCCCAACUCUUUGUAAAAUUUACUCAGAGCUUGUCAUCGAUUGGCGCCUUGCUUUUGUUUAUUGGUAUGAAGAACUCUAUGCCAAGAAGACAACUAAAGAAGAAGGCCCCAAAGGCGAAAACAGUGUAAGAGAAGGAGUUUCGGAGCUCAAUAUUAGCGGUGGACAAGGACAAACAAAUUUGAAUGAGAUAUUAUUAUUGCCUUGUUAUGGUCGUGAUUUUUGUACGCCUUGUAUCCAUUUCUUUCUGCACUAGUCAUUGUUUUUUCUUUAUUAUGAACACAAUUAUUCUGCCGGUAUAUUGAUUUGUUCUGGCUGGUUUUGUCGAUGCAAAAUUGAAACACUGAUGUCAUUAGGAUGACAAAUGCAAUGAUAUUACUGUAGCACUUGUCAUA